AGACUACCGAAUACGGCGGGAAAGAAUGAAUGAGAAUUCAUCAUGUCCAGAGAAGAUAUAAAUUUUGUUGUAGAAAUAUUACAAACUUUCAAUGAAUUUACAUCGUAUGAAUGCAGGCAAAAGAUAUACAUUUUAUGGGAGACAUUCUUCACAAACACAGUAAAAGUUGCACAAUCCCUGAAGGAAAACCAGGAUAAGAGUGAGUGUUGUACCAUCCUGCAAUGGUUUCUCAUUCUAACUAAGAAUAGGAGUGAGGUAUUCCUUGCUACACCUCAGCAUCAAGGAGAUGAAACUCCAGUUCUAUCACAAGUCAGGACUGAUUCAGAGGAAGAGAAAAUAUCGUUUGAGUUUUCCAGAUGGUUUAUGUGUACAUUGAUUGGUUUCCUGAGUGAAGUAGAAUUUGAGGCUACAUAUCAGAACUUAUGUAUUGACAUAAUAAAACAGCUGUUCCUUAUUUUGAAAUGGAGAAACGGUUACUUCUACUGCACCAUGUUAACUGAAAUCGUACAUAUAAUUGCAGAUUUGGUUAAAGCUAACGAUAGACUGUACGAGAGUAACAACCAUUACAGCGUAGACUUGAAAAGAUUUGUUGUUGACUUACAAACAGUGAAUUCAAGUCUUGUACCACCUGAUAAGAGAGAAGAGGGUAUACCACAAACUAUUAAAAGCCAAGUGACAUUAACAAUUAAUAGUAUAAAGAUUUGUGAAUGUCUUCAGCUAAAUGCAGUGAAGAUUUUGCAGUUAGCUUCAGAUGAUGUCUCCCAUGUGAUUGCUAAGAGUACAUGUCAUGUAGCAUGGGGCUCUAUGUGUUGUCAUGUGGAAAUGGGAGAUCUUGUCAUCAAAAAGGAAUCAUUGACAGUAUUGGAUCGUCUAUUGAUACAUUCUGGAUUACCUACCCUUGAUAUAACUAAAUAUUUCCUGUCAUGUGUCACAGCACUGAUAGAACUUCUAUGUUCAGGCUGUGAAGGUGGAAACAAAAGCGAGAUAAUAGACCUGGAAGAGAAGACAAGUCAGCUUAUAGACAACUUAAUCAAAGCUGACCAGAAAGAACUCAACCAGAACCACCUGUCAAUAUCACAGAUACAACACAUGUUACAGCAGAUGACUGUUGUCAUAGUUACAUACCAGAUGAAAAAACUAGCUACAAUCAAUAUGAAAAAUUCUGUAAUGAAGUUGAUUGUUCACUGUAUCAAUAGGUUAAAUAGUUCACAGCUUCAAGGAACAGUUUUGAAACCAGUAAUGGAGUCCUUGACAACAGCUUUGAUCAAAAUUUUAGGAACUUCAGACAAUUGCCAGUACCUUGUUGCUCCACUAGUUAAGUUAGUUCUUAUUGAGAUGGGAACAGUCAAUGUUAAAAUAGAAUCUACUCCAGAACAGGAAACCAGUGCUACACAGGGAUCCAGUAAACUUGCUUUAUCUCAGUUCAAAAGAAAAAGGAAAUUAGACAUGGAUGAAAAGCCAAAAAGGAGGAAAGUGCCCAAAACAUUAAGGUUACUAUGUCAAAAGAUACAGAUUCAAAUUAAUCAACUUGAUAAACCUCUUAAUCAGGAGUUAGCCAUACCAUUACUAGAGGGAAUACAAGUUGGAUUGGAGACUGUAUUAACAUGUUAUAAUCUGUGUGUAUGUCAAGAUAAAACAAAGACAGAUUUCAGUUACCAAGUAACAGAGGACAUGCAGUCCAUUGAUUGGUGGAUACAACAGAAAAUGCUUCAACAAUUAAAUGAGGGAUGUAUACAGUCCAUAGUAGUCAAAUGUAACCAAUGGCAACAGUCAGCAGUUACUUCCUGUUUGUUCAACAUCCUUGCUAUUUGUUCAAAUUUUCUUAGACUGAAAGACACAUGUGAUCUUGUUACAGAAAUGUUACAGAAUUUUCUAUGGAUCCUAUCUUUGCCAUGGUUACCUAAUGAUCCCUCUUGGUAUGACUUGAAACCAGACCAUGCUAAGGAAAUAGCCAAUGUAGCAAGGAACUUGUCAGACAAAAUAGAAUUAUCAGUGAAAUGCAGAUUGCUUGAAGGAUUGGCAUUGUUUCCAAAAGACAUGUCACCUAAAUGGAGAGUUCAUGUCUUCAAGCAAGCAUUUUCUGACACAGAUUGGCAGAUUAGAAAUACAGCUAUAACAUCUUUCCCUACCUUACUUCUACAUCUAGGACCUAAUGCCAACCAUCUUGUCCAUGAUCUUAUCAGUCCUGUUAUAGACGAUAAAAGUAGAGAAGUUCAGUUAUCAUUGGCCAAUAAUGUAGGGAUUUUAGCCUGUGUAGUUUGCAGGAAGGCUGUCCUUAGGUACAAAUCUGAUGAGCUAAAAAAUCCUUUUUAUGAGUCAUUUGAAAUACAGUGUUUGUCUUGUGACAACUUGAAAGAUGAGCAGUCAAACAAUGCCUCUAAGAGCAGACCAAACCUUGUGGAUCCAAAUAUGUUUGUACCUUAUCUGACAUUGCUGUCAUCAGAUGAUACAACAAUCAAGAAAAGUAUUAUAGGGAGUUUGAAGAGAAUGUUUGGACAUAUAGGAGUGAGAGCCAAAAGUUCUACAAUAGUCAGUAUGUUAGAUACAGCACUAAAUGUUUUGGUUGAUCCUGAUUAUAAUAUCAGAGUUAGUUUUAGUAAAGUUGUGCCAUACUUAGUUGGUGAAAACUGUAAUGAAACAAACCAAAGAAUAGUGACCAAACUGAAGGAAGCUUACUAUGCAGCAUGUAUGGAACAGAAUAUCAGGCUUCAGGAAACUAUUGUUCUAACACUUGCUCAGUUUGGAAGAAUAGCAGAAAAUGAGCAGUUAUUGGUAGUCAUACUGAAUUUGCUGGAGAGUAUGAUAUCCCCUAUACCACUGAUUGCCGCUGUGGCUUUUGAACAGUUGAAGUAUGUUGCCCAGUACAAGAAAAUGAAGACACAAGAUCUUUUCAUGAGAUCCAGGCUACCUAUCUGUAAAUUCUUGGCUGAAGCCAUGCAUCAGAAAAUGUUAUCCUGUAAUGAUGCUGAUGCCGCUACAGAUAUCCUAAAAGAUGUAACCAAGGUUCUAGACUUCCCUGAUGAUAAAAGAUUUUUACAGUCAGCCAACAAAUUUAUAGUACCACACUUAGUGAGCAUAGCAACACCAGAGGCAUCUAAUUUAUUGAAGAAGAUAUCAGUGCUUGUUGAUCUCCCAAACAGGAAGAAGAUAAUGAUGGAGAAUAUAAAGUAUAUAUUUCCUUAUAUAGCUAUCUACUUCCAAGAGGCAGAACAGGGGAAAGCUAUGAAGUUCUUACAGAAAGAGACAGCAUUUGACAUGGAACAGUUACUAAGAUGUCAGUUCCAGACAACACACAAUGAGUUACUCCUACAUCUGGGUACACAUUAUCAAAAGGUGUUCAGUGGUCUGACUGUGUUAUCUAAAUGUGUAAAGACUCAGGGAUAUGAAGAACCACAGACAAUGACAUCGGCAGAAAUGGCAGACUAUUUACAGCCUAAACUACUUGGAGUGAUUGGAUUCUUUGAUUUACAGCUUUUAAAUAACAACAUUCCUCUAGAAGAUAAAAAAAUGACAUUAGAAAGCUUGACAGCCAUAAUCAGACUGAUGGGUAGAAAACACAUUGGUAUGAUACGAUAUAAGAUUGUGAACACACUGAGGAUAGGAUUACAGAUCACAGACAGAGAUAUACAGGAGAUAUCAUGUAAAGCUUGGGAUUGUUUUGUUAAAAGUUUAGAAACUCCGUUUCUUGGACAGAUGAUGUCACAGAUCAUUGCCACACUCCUCCCUUUGCUGAACUCGUUACCAAAACAGGUGUCAGAACUUUUCAACUUCAUGAUAGUAGAAAACAGGGAGACGUUAUCAGUUCACUUUCAUGAGGUCUACUUCCUGCCUGAUAUACCAGAGUUGUCUGUGGCUAAUGAUAUACUAAAACAGUACACAGAGGGAUCUUCUAGUCAAUCAGAUUUGAGGACCAGACUGGAUCAUUCCAUGAAGGGAAUAACACAUGAAAGCUUGGAUGUCAGACUUCAUGCUCUGUCUAAAUUGAAGAACCUGCUUCGUGAUGAAAAAGAAGCACUAUACCAGUUUGUGAUAGGUAAUGAGACUGCUGAUCCUAUUGUAUCAAAGAUUGUUUCUGUGCUGUUGAGUGGUUCUAGAGAUUCUGACAGCAGAGCACAGAUACUGUAUGCUGAGUGUAUUGGAGAACUUGGUGCCAUAGAUCCUGGAAGGUUAGAGCUGACUACAAAUGAUCCCAAGGCAGACAAUGCUAAAUUCCAUCAUAAUAUUUGUGAAGAUAAUUUUGCAUUUGAUCUGAUAAACCAAGUUGUCAAAGGUUUCCUGGCAGCAACAGAAACAAGAAUUCAGGAUGGUACGGCUUUAGCAUUACAGGAAUUGUUAAAGAUUUUUAAAAUCACAGAGACGUCUAAACUAUGGAAACGAUUUGCUGAUCAUGUCAAGGAAAUACUCCUUCCUUUAUUUACCACAAAGUAUACAUUAACAAGUCAACAAGACUGGUCUAAGAUAACCAAACCAAUAUUCCUAAGUGAGAAAUCAAAGACCUUUGCUGAAUGGGUCAGUACAUGGACAGGAUACCUGUUAUCAAAGGUUAAACAAGAUCAUGCCAGAAGUGUAUUUGUAUCCUGUACAGCAGCUAUUAAGAAUGAUGUACACAUUGCUCUGUAUAUUCUACCCUACGCAGUAACACAAGUCUUACAAGAUGGAUCUCCACAUGAUAUUAAAGAGGUUUUUACUGAGAUAUUAGAAGUUAUUAGUCACACACAGAAACCUGAUACUAAACAUAGAGAUGGGAAUUUCCACCAUAUGAGUGCUCAGACAAUCUUUUCUAUAAUGGAUCAUCUAACCAAAUGGAAGAGACAGAAAGCUCAGACAAGUGGUAUCAUUCCUGGCAAAGGACCUGCCUAUUUAUCUGACUCAGGAUACAGGGCUAUUGAUAGUUUUCUAAAUAAGAUUCCACAAGACCUACUGGCUCAAGCUUGUUUUAGUUGUGGAGCUUAUACUAGAGCAUUGAUGCACUUUGAACAGUUCCUGUCAAGUAAAAACCAGAAUGUUCAAGAUCAUCUUGACUUUCUCCAGAGAUUGUAUGUCGCCAUGGAUGAAUCUGAUGGUGUAAUUGGAGUAGCAGCCAUUAGACAGACACAGCCAACAUUGAUUGAACAAAUUCUUAUCCAUGAAAGUUUGGGUCAACAUCAGGAUGCUCAGGCUUGUUAUGAGAAGGCUAUUGACAGUGAAGUAGAUAGUGUUGAACAUCAUAAAGGUCUACUGCAAAGUUUGAUGGAGUUAGGACAACAAAACAAGGCCUUACUGCAUGCUACAGGAGCCAUUGCUGAGAGACCAGAGUGGGCACCACAUAUCAGAUCUUACAUGGUGGAGGCUGCAUGGAAGCUUGGUAACUGGGAUAAACUGGAAAAAUGUAUCAAAUCUGAGAAAACUGGUAGGAACUGGGCAGUUGGAGUUGGAGAGCUGCUUCUUUCAGCAAAAGCUAAGAAUGAAGAAAAGUUUAUGAAACACCUUCAGAUUGUCAGACGUGAACAAAUAGGCCCAUUGUCUGCUGCCAGUAUGGAGAGUGGGUCAUACCAGAGAGGUUACCAGCAUAUUGUCAGGCUACACUUACUGACAGAAAUAGAGGAAUGUUUCCGUGUAUUAGCAGAUCUAAAGACAGAGGUGGGAGGUACUGGUGAUGGGCCAAGGAUUUCUACUCAGGAGUUACUGAAGAAUUGGGACAGGAGGCUACAGGUUAUGCAGUGGUCCUUCAGAGCCCAGGAACCAUUGUUGACUUUAAGAAGAACAUUAUUUAAUCUAGCCCAACAGAUGACUGGACAUGAUGUUGAUCAUGAGAUUGGUCACUGGUGGUUAUGGAGUGCCAAGAUUGCUAGAAAAGAAGGCUAUAACCAGACGGCCUACAGCUCAUUGUUACAGGCUGGAGACUACAACCUACCUGAAGUAUUCGUAGAGAAAGCCAAGUGGUUCUGGAGCAAGGGAGAUAAGGACCAGGCUCUUACCUGUCUAGAGAGAGGGAUGUCUGUACACUUCCCUGAUAUACAGGCUCUUAAAUCUGACACCACUGAUCAGUCUAAAGCUAGGCUUAAAAUAUAUGCUCAGGCUUUAUUGUUAUUUGGAAGAUACAGUGAUGAAGCAUCCAGUUUGGAAAGUAAUUCAAUUCUGAGGAAAUAUCGUGAGGUGAUAGAUAUUUACAAUGACUGGGAAGAAGGACAUUUUUACCUGGCACAGUAUUACGACAAAAUUAUGACCACCUUAUUUGAAGAGAAUACUGCAAAAGGUGACUUUAUCUAUCAUGUGAUCAGGAAUUUUGGACAAUCUCUUCUACAUGGUAACCAGUAUAUAUACCAGUCAAUGCCUAGGCUCCUCAGUCUGUGGUUAGAGUAUGGAACACAGGUGGCAGAUUAUGAGAAGCAGGAUAAACAAAAACCACAGAUUUCUCAAAGACUACAGACCAUGAGAAACACUCUUGGAAAGUUGAAUAGGUUGAUAAGUAACUUUGGGAGGGAGUUAGCACCAUACCAGUUGUUUACAGCAUAUCCACAAUUGAUAUCAAGGAUUUGCCAUGCUCAGAGUGAUGUUUUCCAACAUCUUAAAGAUAUUGUUGCCAGAAUCUUUGUACAUUUCCCUAAACAGUCCUUGUGGAUGAUGAUGGCAGUUUCCAAGUCAUCCUAUUCUAUGAGAGUGAAGAGAUGUCAAGAUAUAUUUGCAGAAGCUAAGUCCAGGAACUCAGAAUUGAAGAAGUUUAUAGAGGAUGGCACCAAGUUAACAGAGAGGUUAUUAGAAUUAUGUAACAAGGAUUUUAAAAAUGCAUUAACGAUAAGUGUAACCCAACACUUCCGUCCAUUGAAAAGACUACUGGAAGACAGUAACUUCAGUAAGAUAUUAGUACCAUUACAGUCCUCCAUGACGGUGACCUUACCCAACACACCAGGAUUACAUCAGGAUCAUAACCCUUUCCCUUGUAAUGAAGUAUUUAUUAAAGGUUUUGAAGACACAAUAGAAGUGUUGCCCUCCUUACAAAGGCCAAAGAAGAUAACUUUAACAGGGAGUGAUGGUAAACUCUAUAUCAUGAUGUGUAAACCAAAGGAUGAUUUAAGAAAGGACUGCAGACUGAUGGAAUUUAAUGGAAUUAUAAAUAAAUUUUUGCACAAGGACCCAGAUUCAAGAAGACGACAACUUCAUAUCAGAACUUAUUCAGUGAUUCCCCUGAAUGAAGAAUGUGGACUUAUAGAAUGGGUUAAUAACACAAAUGGGUUGAGGAAUAUAUUACUGAAGUAUUACAGAGAAAGGGGGUGUGGUAUGACUGGAAAGGAAUUAAAGGAUGCCUGUCCCUCUAAACAAUCCUCUCUUGAAACAAAACUUCAAGUGUUGAAGGAGAAGUUAUUACCACGUCAUCCUCCAGUAUUUAAAGAAUGGUUUCUGAGAACCUUCCAAGACCCAACAUCUUGGUACAAUGCUCGUGUUUCUUACGCCCGUACUGCUGCUGUUAUGAGUAUGGUUGGAUAUAUCCUAGGACUUGGAGACAGACAUGGAGAAAACAUACUCUUUGAUUCUACAAAUGGAGAUUGUGUACAUGUAGAUUUCAAUUGUCUGUUUAACAAGGGUACCACCUUUGAAUGGCCAGAGAGAGUACCAUUCAGAUUAACACAUAAUAUGAUUGAUGCUAUGGGACCUAUGGGAUAUGAAGGUAUAUUUAGAAAAGCCAGUGAGGUAACCUUAAGGGUAAUGAGGACACAGAUGGAUCCGUUGAUGAGUGUACUGAAGCCUUUUAUCUAUGAUCCUUUAGUAGAGUGGAGUAAACCAGUCAAACCUCAAGGUCAGAGGUCAGCGUUAGUCCCUGGUCAAAGGUCAAUUGUUAUUGAUACUGGAGAAAUCAAUAACGAACAGGCAAUGAAACAUGUACAAGACAUUGAAGACAGAUUAAAAGGAAUUCUGAAAAAUGAACCUAAGCAGGGAGGACAAGCUAAACCAAAAAGUGUCGCCCUGUCUAUAGAGGGCCAUGUCAAUCAUCUUAUAAAUGAUGCUACAGAUGAGAAGAAUCAAUGCCAGAUGUAUAUUGGAUGGGCAGCAUAUCUGUAGUUGGUGGGAAGUGUCAUCAAUGACAGAUGUAUAUGGCAGCUGUAAUAAACGUGAAGUCUUCUAAAUGGCAGCAUGCAUAAUAAUCAAACCAGCAGCUUGGUUGUUCAAUAAAAUGGGCAGCAAAUCAUUAAUUCAACUUGAGAAAAUGUGUUAUAAUCAUGAAACCUGCCUUGAAAACAUCAUGCAACACCACCUUUGACUCUCUUAUGACUUAGCAGAAACACCAUGAUCACCAGAGUGUAAUAAAACAUCCAUCAUUAUAUCUGAUUAUUUAUGUUUAUUUAUCAAGAAUGUAAUUCAAUAAAAUUUGCAGGUUGAUAUUUCAUAUAUGGUGCUACUGAAAAUCAUCAUCUAAUGAUUAUGUUUUGGAAUAAGACAGUUCUGCCACUUCCUGCAGAAUUAGAAUACAGUAAAAAAGAUUAGGGUCAGGAUCUGUCACAAAAUGUUGAGACAUUUUUUGUUUACACUAAAAUCAACUAGACAUUACAUCACAUAAAUGAUUUUUUUUUAAUAUUUUAAAGUAGGUGAUCUAGGGCCCUUUUUUGGCAGAAAACUUGGAAGUAUUAAAAUUUAUAAAAGAUUAUUUAUAAUAAAUAUGACUGAUAACUUUGUGAAAUGUUUAAACUGUAAGAUCAUUGAAAUGUUGUGAAUAAUUUAGCAAUAACUCCUUUUCAAAAAUUAUGAAAUCCCUGUAAUAAAUGGACCACUAUCCUGCUCACCUCUUCUAUCCAAUAACAACUUUUUUAACAGUUGAGUACUAGCAAUACAGGUUUAAUACAAUUUAUAUCUUGUUAUAUUCUGUUUCAAUCAUAAAUCAUGUUAAAGUAAUUAACACUUAUUUUUUGUUGUUAUAAUGUCUCAAAUUUGUUAAAUUGAUAACAUGUAAACUGUUCCUAUUUGUUUUGUUAAUAAAUAAAUGUACCAUGA